UCAUAUUUCUUGCUGCUCACCAGAAAAUCAGCAUAAUUUACAAUAAUGGAAGUAUUUCAAACCGAAAGUCAUUAUAUAUUUGUACGCAAGGAAAAGAGCCUCUGGUGGAAUCGUUCGACGUCAGAAUUUCAAAUCAAAUGUGGUUGGGAUCUUUCAUCGGUAGAUGAUAUUGAGUGCAUUGGGCUAACCUACGGAAUUGUAGGCACAAUUGCUUUACAGGGUGUUUUUGAGCCACAUUUAAUUAUUAUUAGAGAGGCUGUUCCGGUCGGUGUACUGUACGCUCCGCACCUAGUUUAUAAGAUUAAAAGCAUUUGUAUUCUCGGAGCAGAAGAUCCCGAUUCUAGUUUAAUGACAUGUCCUAAACACAAUACUUCAACUGUAAUCAAAACCAUUCAUAAUGCUGGUAUUGAACAGCCAACUCCACGGAUUGUUACCUCAUCUCCGAAGAGUCGCCUUUUUGAGAGCUCUACAUUAGUUAAGACGUGGGGAGCUGUGAAAAGUGCUGGAAGUACGAUUAAGAACACCACAGAGAAAGCAGCAGCUAUUGCUUCUAAUCAGGUUAAAUCCACAGUUAGUAUGGUGGUAAAAGAUCCGGUUCGGGUGGAAAAACGUGUUAUGGAUGAGCUACACCGGAUAUUUGAUGAUAGUGACAGUUUCUACUAUAGUUUAGACUGUGAUAUAACAAAUAACUUGCAGCGACGAUCGGAGGCUCCAGAUGAUCGAUUUUAUUGGAAUCGUAAUAUGUUGAAAGAUAUUAUUAUGCUGAAUGAUAGCGAUAACAAUUGGGUGUUACCGAUUAUUCAAGGGUUUGUUCAAGUGGAACAGUGCGUCAUUGGCAAUGAAUGUUUUACAUUAGCUUUGGUUUCUCGGAGAUCACGAUAUCGAGCCGGUACACGAUAUAAACGUCGUGGUUGUGAUGAGGAAGGUAAUUGUGCUAAUUAUGUUGAAACGGAACAAGUACUUUCACUUCGCCAGCAUCAAAUUUCGUUUACGCAAGUCCGUGGGUCCGUUCCAGUUUAUUGGAGUCAACCAGGGUAUAAGUACAGACCACCUCCUAGAUUGGACCGUGAUGAAAACGAAACGCAUUUGGCAUUCGAAAAACAUUUUGAUAAUGAAUUGAAAAUGUAUCAAUCCGUUUGUAUUAUAAAUUUGGUGGAACAAAGUGGCAAGGAGAAAGUUAUCGGAGAUGCGUAUGCUAAUCACGUUAUUCGUUAUAAUUCGGAAAAAAUAAUCUUUGUUACUUUCGAUUUUCAUGAAUACUGUCGGGGAAUGCAUUUUGAAAAUGUUUCAUCCUUAAUUGAAGCCUUGGCACCAGAAGCAGGAUUGAUGGGAUUUCACUGGCGAGAUCAUAACGGACCGAUAUGUAACCAGAAGAGCGUAUUUCGCGUUAAUUGUAUGGAUUGUUUGGAUCGUACAAAUGUAGUUCAAACCGCUAUCGGGAAGGCAGUGCUAGAAUCCCAACUAGUUAAGUUGGGGCUCGCUCCACCUUAUUCGCAAUUGCCAGAACAGUUGAAGAUUCCCUUUAUGAUAGUUUGGGCUAAUAAUGGAGAUGUCAUCAGUCGUCAAUAUGCUGGCACAAAUGCGCUGAAGGGAGAUUACACGAGAACUGGCGAGCGCAAAAUAAGUGGAAUUAUGAAGGACGGGAUGAAUUCAGCAAACCGUUACUUAAUUCAGAAUUUUGCUGAUUCGUUUCGUCAAAGCUGCAUUGAUUUGAUGCUCGGUAAUUUAGUUGCCUUCGAACCGAUUGUUGAGGAUGAUCCUUGUACUGUUUUGGUCAGUGUUGCGGCAAAUGCUCUCCUACCGUCGCGAGGCCCUUCAUUAGAGUAUUACAACAGAGGAUUAUUGAAUUUUGAGCAUUUAUUUUUGGAAGAUUUGUUGUUCAGUGCCAGUUACUAUUUGGCCCGCUUCAAAGACACCUAUCGCCAGGCCACUAUUGAUAUGAUGUUGGGAAAUUCUAUUUCGGCCGAAUCUGUAAACGCUCUUGGAGGUCAGACAGGAGUAGUUGAUGAAACGGAUGCUCUGGAAGGAGCGGAGCAUGCUCGGCUUUUGGUUGAGGACUGUCGCCGUUUGCUACUAGGUACUACGCAGUUUCCAAUGGGUGCUUGGGGUCUUAUUGAUGCCGACCCGAGCUCUGGAGAUCCAAACGAAACUGAAGUGGACACUAUUUUAAUUCUCACUGAUGACUGUUAUAUCGCAGCGGAGUAUGAUUCUCAUUUGGAUAAAAUUGUCCGGUUCGAAAACGUUGCACUGGAUAACAUAACAUUAAUCGAACUUGGACUUUUUCAACACAACAAAAUGUUCCAGGGUCCAACACCAGCCUAUCUUUGUAUUCGCUUCAAUUAUGUUGUAGAAGGAGUUGAUGGCUAUUUUCAUAUGUUUCGAUCGCCUAAUAUUCGAUUUUUCAAUAACGUAGCUGUGAUAAUUAGAAAACCUGAAGAAAUCACUGAGUCUCUUACAGCCAUUAUUGAUUUAUUCCGUAUCGCAUUGGAUAAUCGUGGCAGAGCAAAUGUUCCUGUACAGUGCGGGGGUAGCUUACAGCGAAGGAAAAGUCGAACAUUGCUGACAGUCCCUCAAGGUAUACCCAGGAAUCUUUCCGAAUCGCAGCUAGUUCAAAUGGGUUCAAAAGCAUUAAGCAAUGUUGCUGGUCAAUUUUCAAAAAUUGGACAAAGUUUCAACUCAGCAAAAAUUGGUAAAUCGUCGACAGGAAAGCAAGCUAAAGCAGCGACACCGUUGCCGUAUAUAUACACUGGUCAAGUUGCUGAUGAGGCAGAACGUAGCAAGUUCACUGUUGGUUCUCGUAGCACAAAUUUGAAAAAAGCCGAGGGUUCGAGCUCUGAAUCAGAGGAAGCUGACACCAGUAUUUAUGAACCUGACGAUACGGAUUUGGUACAGGAAAAUCCAUUGUACAACGAAAAUGUUUUUCUGCCAUCAGUUGGAAUAGUUAUGGGAGGGCCUGGAGGUGUGGGCUCUGAAAAUAAUUCCAGAGUUAUGUUGGAAGAGAAAGAUAGUUUUGUCAAAAUGUCAUCUGAUGUUUCAACGAUGUCUAUAUCAUCGGUUACUGAUCAUAUAAACAUGCCUGCUGGAAUGUUGGAGUGUGCUUCGCCUAUUCGAAGUCGCAGUCCAAUGCCUGACAUACGUGUAGACGCUGCCACAACCGAAGCGGGCAAUAAGCAAUUUGAUGUCAGAGGAGUAAAAGAUCUAACGCUUAACCUGCCAGGAAAACCAAAUGAUAAUGCUUUGAAUCAGUUGAAACGGUUAACCAGCCCUCUUUCGAAUAUAGGCAAAGGAUUGCAAACACUAAGUGCAAAUCUUGAUCCUCGGAAAAUUGCUGCCAAGACACCAGUUCUUCCGGCAAGUAAUUCAGAGAUUUCGACAGCCGAAAUACGACGAUUGGAAGAUAAGUGGGAUAAAUCGAAAUGCCGUAGCAAGUUGAUAGCUCUUUAAAUUGCGAUUGCGAAUCUGCGAAUCCAGGCAAAUUAAAUCAAAUAACAAUAUCAACGUUUCCAAACAACAUCGUUCAUAGUCACUAUAACAAUUCAUUUUGUUAUCAAGCGAUUUCCUUGUAAUAGCAUACGCAUAACUCCAAGCUUAAUAUAUUAUACAGGCACAUAGUAGAAAAUACUGGUUAUAAACGCAAUAAUACGAUUAGUGAUGAACGAGACCGCCAAGCUUCUAUUAUGCUAGACCAAAGAUUUUUACCAAUAAUGUUGUGCAUUCAACCCUUUUUUUAGUAAAAAAUGGACCAUUCCCGUUAUUACCCGAUAGCAUUUGUAUUGUACACUACUUGGCUUCAAAAUGUCUAUUUUAUACCAAAAAAUUUUAUCAAAAGUUAAUUUUAUACCAGCUGAAAACAUAUUUAUUAUACUCUUAAUGUGUUAACUGAACAAAAAAAAAAAAAAGAAAAAACGCUACAGAUUAGUACCUAUAUACGACUAGGUAUUGAUGUGUGAUAAACACUCCUUUAUUCUUUGAUUUUAAGUCACCGCAAAAUCACUAUCUUCAGGUUUAGUUGAAAAAUUUUCCUUUAUUUGAAUUGUCAUUUAGUUUUAGAUACCCAUUUACUACCGCUUAAUUAUUUAUUUAGAGAGCUAAUCCCAAUGUUUCGAUAAAGUCAAUUAAUUCGAUGCAGUCGCUUGCCGUAUAUUCCAUAUGCUUCGUAAUUUCAAAGAAAAAGUACUAUCGUUAGUCUAAAGUCUAUGAUUUUGUUCAAAACGUGUACUUGUUUCUUUUAGGAUUAUGUUAAAUAGAACCCUGUUUAGUUAAAAUAAUCAUUUUUACGUUUAGAUCUAUUUUGUAUUUCACUAUCAAAAGAUAUUUUUAUGAGCUUUUCAGAAAGAAUGCUGGUUUGAACCUCGACAUUUUUUUGUAAUGCAAACAUCAAAUAUAUAUGUUUCUUUUAUGAAUUUACUUGAUUUGGUCCUCAAUUUUUGUAGCUAAGGUGAGAUUUUUCGGAAUAACAUUGCAAGUUCAGAAAUCAUUUUUUGUGGUAUACAUUUUUUCAAAAAAUUAAAAUGGCGAUAAUAUAACGGAUACGCACAGUGUUGGGCAUCGCUAAUUCGCUAACCGAUACAUUUUGCCCAAUUAUCGUGGAAAUUUCGCUAAUCACUAAUCGCAAAUUGCAAAUUAACAGUCACUGUUUAUUUUUGAACAUAUCGCAGCCACUUGCAUUGUAAUCUAUCACUGUACAAAUUAUUACUAAUUUAUCUUUAUUACACGGCUUUUCUUAAUAAAACUAAGAUCAAAACCUAUUAUAAUGAAUAGAAUGCGUUACAGUUUAUCAAUUUUAAAAUUAACAGCGGUACUUCAUUUAGAAUCAUGGAUCAGCUACAAUUCGGCUAGUCUGAGUAUAAAUUAUAAAGUAUAACUAGCGUUUCGCGAUUGGUCGGUGAGCGAAUUAGCGGUGCCCAACACUGGAUACGCAAGAUGUUUGGUCUUUUUCUUCAAGGAAACGGAUUUUUCCGGCUUGAAGACGAAUAUUUCUGAUUCCUAUGGACAAGUUUCGUACAAAAUCUGAGCUCAUUUAAAUAACUCAGUAAUUUCACAUAAGAUUUGACAAUUCCUAACAAGAUUUCGUGAUGUGAGAGCAAGGCAAGCAACGUUAAAAAUUUUACGUUCACAUAGGCAUGAAGUAUUGAAAUCAUGAAUGUUAAAUGUGUUUUUGUGUUAAAUUAAAUGUUUUGUAUUCGAUUUUUAAAUAAGAGUCUCAUAGUAUUCAAACAUAUUCAUAUGAUGCAAUUAACUUACAUUAGAAAAAGCCAAUUGCCAAUCUUUGGAGUGUUUGAUUACAUAUAAUAUGAAAUGUUUGUCAAAAAUGCUAAAUUCAUCUAUCCACUAAGAUAAAGCUAUUAUAUUCUCUGAAUUUCGGCAUAUUAUGAAAAACCAAAUUAAACCUCUGGUGCCCAGCGAAAGAUCUGGGGGGCAUCACGAGAUAUCUCCACUAACAUUUAAAAAGAGCAAAUCAACCAAGCGUAAACAAACCGAGUGAGAGAUUGUUUUCCUAUACAGCACCAGCAAAAGAUAACUAACUCGGGCUUCAAAUGGAAAUCGAGAUAUGCAAUAGGGCUUUUGCUACAUACACAUGCAAGACGUCUGUUGGGCACACAUUGCAUAUUUUCCUAUUCGAUGCAGCAAAAACGUGCUGGAUAAAAUUAUCAUUUUUUCUAAAAUUAUUUAUCAUUUUAAAGCAACUAAUAGUCAAAGUAACCGACAAAUGUUUCCUGAAAUAUAUGCUGACUUUUGGUAACUAGGGUUUCGGUGAAUUCGCGUUAAAUCGGUGUCCCAAAUAUACUGUUGUUUGAAGCAGUAUACGGCAUAGGCCAAGUUGAAAGUAACGGAAUAUAAAAUUGGUUUUAGCAUAAUAAAUUGCUUUCUUAGCCGAAAGCAGCUGAUGGCUAUUGAUAGGGCCCUAUUCUGUAAGUCACGUCGAGUGUCACUUUGCUCGACUAGUCGACUUUUGGUAUUAUGUAAGUCACAUGCGACCCGGUUUUGUCGAGUAACUUGACUGAGUCCACCGCCAAAAAGCUAGUGACUAAACGGUUAGCAAAUGACGCUUGAGUUAGCUUUGUUUUGGUCCUGCAUUGAGUCGCUAUGCUGCCCGUUUUUCUUGCACUCGACACUCGACAGUGACUGAGUCGAGCCUAGUUGCUCGACGUGACUUACAGAAUAGGGCCCAUAUUUGUUUAAUUUUAUUCCGCUAACAUAGGUCAUAGUUACAUUUUUGAUCAUUGCUACCGCGUCUUAGCUUAUUUGGUGAAAAUAAUUUUUUUAUUUAGUAAACAGAUAUAUUACCUUGCCAUAUGUAUGAAGCAAUUUGUAAUUUCUGUUUUAAAUGAAGAAAAUAAAUCAUUUAAAAAAUUUUGCUCUUCCAGCCCGUGUGUUUUAUAUGGAGCUGUCACUUUUGCCUGCCCAACAGAUCUCCAAUACAUAUGCACUCUGCAAACACCCUAUAUUUUUUACGAGAAUACCUGUUUCCUAUUUUUCUUUAUAAUAUGAUCUGGUAACACUAUAACCUGUUUCAGUAUAGACCAAAUCAAGGUGACGUCAUCUGGCAGAUACUGGCGCCCUUGUUUACAAACAGACCGCAGAGUCCAAAAAAGUUUCAGCCGUUUAAACGGCAAGUUUGUUAUUUAAACCGAGUUUAAACAGCAUUAGGACUAAAUUUAAAAGCCAUUAUGCCUGUAAAAUGUUAAAACACACGCUACAUUCGCUAUAAACGGAAAGGAAAGUUUUCCAAAAUGUAAACAAGGGCGCCAGUAUCUGUCAAUUGACGGUAUGAUGAUUUGGUCUAUUGAAUUUUAUACAGGGGGCUGAUAUGACGUCACCUUUUUGUUGCUCACAUGAAAAAGGCGGCAAACGCAAAGCGAUUUCACAAAACGAAUUUAACUAACCAUUUUCACAGUUUCAUGUAUGUAUUUCGCAUCAAUUUCCUGCCUGGCAUUGGCUAUAUGAUGCUAAAACCUUGGCUAAAAUCAAACUAAAACUAACAAAAUUUAACAAUUUACACGUCUGACUUGGUUGUCAGCUUGAGCCCAUCUAUGAAGCUGUCAGCUUGGGCCCGCUCUAUGUUGGCUACGUUUUUUUGUACAGGUUGGUAUUGGAAGUGUCAUUCCCGUGAUUUUAUAAGCUUGCGAUGCACAGUGGUUCCAAAGGUAUUAUCUAAUUUUCGUUUAUUCAAAUAUCAGUAAUUAAGCCACACAUAAGGGGAAAGUCGCUUAGAUAUCUUACACAGUUCACCCCGUUAAUCACAAUUGCAGUAUAUUCAUUGCACAAUUUGUUGCACACUGUGGCACCUGUUUGACAACCAAACUUUGAAAUAUUGGAAUUUAGCAGCUCUACAAAUUUUUACAUUAUCAAAGUGAACAAAUGAGCGUAAGUUUGAUGUGAUCGGCACCUUACCAGCACAAUAAGGCACGUACUGAACGGAUGGUGUAUAGAGUGUUCUAAGCGACUUACCGUUGGACACAUGUAAACAUGUUUAUUGGCCAUCGCCAACAUAAUCGCCAAUUGUUGUUAUCAACACAAAACUCACUUGCCUUUGUGGAAACAUGUAUGCAUCGUAAGUAUUAGGCUUUUUGAAAAUAAUAUAGUGAAACAGUACCGUCAUCCGGGGAUACUUGCAACACCGGGGUUACUUGCAACACUUUGGCACAUCGCGCUUUUGGCAGCUCUAACGCAUUUGUUUGUUAACAUAACCAUUUGUACCCAAUGCCAUUUUAAAGAAGGGAUGAUUACCUAUUGUUUAAUUAAGUUUAAUCCAUUACAUCAUUAUUUUGCUUGUUUUUAUACGAUUGGAAAGUAAUUUCACUUUCAGAGUAGGAAAAAUGGAUGUGCAAAGUUACGUCAGUCCAUUGACAUGGAAUUAUUUUUUAUUGUUUGGUUCCUGUACACAAUAGGUGCAUCAUAUAAACUAACAAAUAGCAACUUUGAGCUUUGUUUAUAUUUUGAACUUGGAGAAGAAACGAUGAAUUCGUGUUGUUACUUCCAAUAUGGCGCGGCUUGCAGCACUUGUAAAGAUGAAAAUUAUCGAAUAGACAGUAUGUACAAAGUAAGUUUGCAUCUGUACGAUGUUAUUUUGUCUACCGCCAUCUCCAGAAAAAUUAAAAUUGUGAAAAAUUCCACGUGCCUUGAAACGGCAAUUUGGAGUUCGCCGCCAUGCUGCGUUUUCACCGAAUAUCUUUAAAAAAGCGAUAGACGAAAUUGGGAAACAAAAAACGCCUCCAGUAUCUCUUGUUUUACUACAAAUACAUUCAAAAUAUCUCAAAAUAGUCAUUCGCGGUUUGAAAUCAUAUAUAAACUCAUAAGAAAUGCAAAAUCAGAAAAGUAACCCCGUUUACUGGGUAACUUGCAACACUCCUAUUUUCGGUUCAUUCUGCAGAUUCAUUUAGUUUAUAUUUUUUCUCAUAAUCAUAAAUCAAAAGUAUUCAUCACUAUACAAAUUUUGGCUACUUACAUUUGGACUUAAACGCUAUACUUCGAAAGUUAUACUAAGUCAAAGUUCAAAAGUGUUGCAAGUAUCCCCGGAUGACGGUACGUCAGAUUCUAGUGUACCGUAAAACGGGGUAACAUUGAUCAGUUAAACCAAUCUCAUAAAUAAGUGUUUAUUUCUGCCAACUUUCCUGAACUGAUCAAUGUUACCCCUCGAUAAUCAAUGUUACAUUGUUACCUCGUUUUACGGUACUUCAAUUGAAAUAUAAGUGGUAUCGCAUAUAAAAAUCACAAUAAAAACAAUAGGGCAAAUUCAAAUGUACGUCAUUUACUAGUGAUGUAAAAAAAAUUGACAAGUUUUUUAAAGAUACACGAUUAUCUACAGUAUUACCCAAGUAACAAUUUCAAGUUUUAUUACGUUCGUAUACUGGUUUUCAUGGCCAAUUUCAUAAAACCGCUAAUAAAACCAUGAGUUCCACUAGAACUAUCUGAUGACCGCUAUAAAACUACUUUCUGACCAAGUGGCCCACUCCUCACUCCUCAGAAUGUUUUCAUAACCGUUAUAAGAAUCAAGUUAUAAACUCAAGUAGUCGUAUCACGCUCUGCUAAAAGCAGCAAUAAAACCGAUUAAGCUUUCGCUGCUUGACAGCUAUCGCCAUAAUUUAAAAAAGCUUUUCGCUUUUCGCCAGUAAGUUCGCUAGCUUUGUCAACUUGAAAACAUAUCCGUGAGCAGAAAAGUUUUAGUUUUACUGACAGAUCAUUCUGAACGAUUUGGUUUAUAGCGACCAGAAUAAAAUAUCCCUUAGAAUAUUUAUUAAAUUUUAAGUAAUUUCGUUGGCUUGCACCAUGUGCGCAUUUAAUUUCGUCGUGCAUUUUGAUAUGAUAGGUCGAUAAAAUCAGCGCGCCACUGAAAUUCUGCAAUUUUCGAAAACUGGUUGUUUUAACAAAUUGAAAAUAUUCAGUUAGUCAAUCUCAAUUUCUAGCAAAAUCAUUUUAGUUGCUUCCUCUGACAGGAAAACCGAUUGAUAAUAACCUUCUUUCCGCAAAAUACUUUGCUUUGAUGAAUUGUUGUUUGCGAGCUAAAACAAAAUACUAGAGUAUGGCAAUAUGGCUUCGCAUAAAAAAAUGAUUUUGGUGUUGAACUUUGGUAUUUUUCAUAAUAGCAGCAAAAAAACUGUUUGGUUAAGGUGUUACCGUUUUAAUAGCUCUAUACAACUAAUAGAUUUAUUGCGGUUUGACAAGUAACCGCGAUAAGAUCAAUUUUGAUUGGUGCGCCAUUUUGUGUUGCUACGCCACACUUAUGGUAAGUUUAUAGGAGACGUGGUGCAGCCAACAAGUUUUAACGUGGUAAUAUAAGCAACCAGAAUAAAUUUACUUUAUUAACAGUUUUGUUAUGGUUUUCUAGCUAGCUAUAAGUGUGUUUGGACUGGUAUCCUCUUGGUAUUGCGCAAUACCACAAUAAACCCAGAGGUAAUGUUUAAUACCGCAAUAAAACCUUUAUAAAAUUCAAGUAAAAUCAAGUGGCUUUAGAAUUGUUACUUGUGUAAUUAAAAUGGAAGUGAAAUAUUUCUGAAUUUGAUGAGAAAAAUUCUUGGAAUCAUGGUGCAAUGUCAUUAAUCAAUAAGCAGAAACACUUUAAUAGAACGCGUAUUUUAGUUUCAGUGCAGCAUGCUCGUUUAUUUAGGUUAAUUCUUUACUAAAAAGUGAACUUGAACUCUCUUGUCGAUUUUGCAUCUUUUGCACCUAUAUUAUUUUAUUUAACUAGAAAUACCCUCUUAUUAUUUGCAAAGAUUCUUUUUCAACUUCAUUGACGCUCCUAGUGACUGUUGUCGUUCUUCAGCCAAAAUAAAUAAUUUGUUGAAGCUUUCUUGGGCUUAUACAUAUGGCAUAUGACAUUCAAAUUAAAAGAGGCAUUCGAUAAGAAAUUUGCUUUGAUUAGAUUACUGCAGAAGUCAAUUAUUAAGACACAUUAUUACGUAGAAAAAUAUAACAAUAACUAAUAUAGUAAAAAUAUAAUAUCGUGAUUAAUAUUUAGUAUUCAGAUUCUU